UCACAUUUAGAAGAAAUAUAUAUUUCUUUAUUAGUUUGGAAUAAACUAUAAAAACAAAAAGAAGAAAAAUAUCCAUAAAUUUUGGUGAGAGAAGAAAUAUUAUUAAAAAGUUGUUGAUCUGUACAACUUGAAGGUUCGAUUUUAUUUGUUCUUGAAGAAAUAUCGGAGGAAUACGGAACAUCAUCAUAUGACUGUGGCAUGUACAAAAUGUCAUUUUUAGAAAAACGUAAAUCCAGUAAACACCAAGAAAUUCAUGCAGGGGAAGCACCAUAUCACUGUGAUAUCUGUGGUAAAUCAUUCUAUCAAAGUGGUAACUUGACUAGACACAAGCGUAUUCAUACAGGGGAGAAACCAUAUACCUGUGAUAUCUGUGGUAAAUCAUUCUCUAAUGGCAGUCACUUAACUCGACACAAACGGGUUCAUACAGGAGAGAAACCAUAUACCUGUGAUAUCUGUGGUAAAUCGUUCUCUAAUGGCAGUCACUUAACUCGACACAAACGGGUUCAUACAGGAGAGAAACCUUAUCAUUGUGAUAUCUGUGGUAAAUCCUUCACUUCAGGAAGUACCUUGACAACUCACAAACACAUUCAUACAGGGGAGAAACCAUAUCACUGUUAUAUCUGUAGUAAAUCUUUCUCUCAAAGCAGCAGCUUAACUAAGCACAAUCGUAUUCAUACAGGCGAAAAACCAUAUCACUGUGAUAUCUGUGGUAAAUCAUUCUCUACUAGCAGUCACUUAACUAAACACACACGUAUCCAUACAGGAGAGAAACCAUAUCACUGUGAUAUCUGUGGUAAAUCAUUCACUACUGGCUGUCACUUAACUAAACACACACAUAUCCAUACAGGAGAGAAACUAUAUUCUUGUGAUAUCUGUGGUAAAUCAUUCUCUGAUGGCAACGUAACGAAACACAAACGUAUUCAUACAGGAGACAAACCAUAUACCUGUGAUAUCUGUGGUAAAUCAUUCUCUCAGAACAGUGUCUUAACUCAACACAAAAAUAUUCAUACAGGGGAGAAACCAUAUUCUUGUGAUAUCUGUGGUAAAUCAUUCUCUGAGAAAAGUAGCUUAACGAAGCACAUACGUAUCCAUACAGGAGAGAAACCAUAUCACUGUGAUAUCUGUGGUAAAUCAUUCUCUCAUAGCGGUGGCUUCACUCAACACAAACGUAUCCAUACAGGAGAGAAACCAUAUACCUGUGAUAUCUGUGGUAAAUCAUUCUCUGAUAGUAGUCACUUGACAGACCACAAACGUAUUCAUACAGGGGACAAACCAUAUUACUGUGAUAUCUGUGGUAAAUCAUUCUCUGUUGGCGGUAGCUUAACGAAACACAAACGUAUUCAUACUGGAGAGAAACCAUAUUGCUGUGAUAUCUGUGGUAAAUCUUUCUCUGAUGGAAGUAGCUUAACGAAGCACAAACGUAUUCAUUCAGGGGAGGAACCAUAUCACUGUGAUAUCUGUGGUAAAUCAUUCUCUGUUGACAGUCACUUAACUCGACAUAUACGUGUUCAUACAGGCGAGAAACCAUAUCACUGUGAUAUCUGUGGUAUAUCAUUUUCUCAAAACACUACCCUAACUACGCACAUACGUAUUCAUACAGGGGAGAAACCAUAUGACUGUAGUAUCUGUGGUAAAUCAUUCUCUGUUCAAAGUAGCUUAACGAAACACAAACGGGUUCAUGGAGGGGACAAACCUUAUCCCUGUGGUAAAUCACUCUCUGCUGGCAAUAGCUUAACUCAGCACAAACGUAUUCAUACAGGGGAGAAACCUUAUCACUGUGAUAUCUGUGGUAAAUCUUUCUCUCAAGAAUUUAGCUUAACUACUCACAAACGUGUUCAUACAGGUGAGAAACCAUAUACCUGUGAUAUCUGUGGAAGAUCAUUUUCUGUUGGCAGCAGCUUAGCUAAACACAAACGUAUUCAUACAGGGGAGAAACCAUAUCAUUGUGAUACCUGUGGUGAAUCAUUCUCUAAUGGCAGUAACUUAACGAAACACAAAUGGUUUGGAAGCUAUCAUUUUGAGCAUGGCAACACGUGUUGUCAGAUAUUUGUGAAUCUGUAUUCUUCACACGAGGGUUUUAUGAGAUACAAACAUGUCCUUUUGAAGGAAUGUCAUACAACCAAUAUCACUGUUAUGGAUCAACUUCAUAACGAAUACACUUGUGUUUAA